ACUCUGUUCAAUUUUAUUCUUAACACGGAAUACUCCUUCAAUAUUUCAAUUUAUGUUUAUUAUUCAUUCUAGUAUAUUUAAAAUUAUUGCAAUUGAAUUUGUAUUUAAAAUUUUCAGUUGGAUUCCAGAAAAUGUUUGGCAUAAUAGUUUCAGGACGUCUGGUAAUUUAUUGCAACUAUUAGUAGUGUUAGGCUGCUUUAUUUAAUUUAAGAAAAACACUGGUCCUCACUGGACCUUCUGGUCCUGGUUUUUCAAAUUUGUCUGCUGGGAAAUAUUAAAUUCAAUUUAAUAUGUGGUGUGGUUUGUAAGCCACAAAUAAAAACUAGACUAGAGUGUUGUCACUUAUCCAGGCUGCGGCUAUUGGUAGUAAACUGCCAAUAGUUUCUAGGCUCUAGGGAACUAUUUGGGCUUACCAACUAAUUGUAGUUAACUACUAAACUAGCAAUGGCAAUAGUUUAUAGAGUAGAGAGCUAUUGCCAAUGGGAGUCGCUUAGUCGAUUGAUUUGUCACGUGAUGAGAGUAAAAACGAGUAAGACUUCCGGUAGGCUGUUUACAACACACUAGUGCUUGACAACAGUAGCCCGAUACACAAUGUUCGGCUUUUGGCUGUUCAAACAGUCAAGUUGAGGACAGCGGUAUAAGUCUGCAUAAGUUUUCGCUUAAGGAUAAAGAAAAUUUAAGACAAUGGCUUGACAAAGUGGACCUUCGUUAAUUAUUCACAUGAAAUCUUGUUCCAAUCGGUUAUUAAAAUAUUCCUUCGCCGCACGGAUAUUGAAUAAAAACGCAAAUGACGUCAUGGGUAUGCCGACAUUUCGUCCAAUGAAAAUUAACAAUAAAAUAAACAAAGGGGAAUGACAGCUGCAGCAAUAUUGAAUAAACACACAAAUGACGUCAUGAGCACGCACGGAGCUCAACAACAGCCUGCCGAUAAUAGUAUUGAUAGUUCCCAUCGAAUAUCGCUCACAAAUUUUUCUUGAAAUAACUUUCUUCCUUUAAUCAUAACUGACGUAUAUUUAUUGUCACAUUUAUGUAUUUAAUUUAAAAAACGCGGGUAUUCCAGAAUAUUUUGAAAGGUAAAAUUUUUAAGUAACAUGACAUUGGGGAAGCACUGAUGAAGUAUCUUUUGUUGUGUGUAGCAGCCUAGUGAUGGCUUACUCUCAUCACGUGACCAAACAAGGAAGUGACUAAGCGACUCCCAUUGGUACUCCACAACCAGUUGCUUCUUGGCGUCUGUUGGUAAAUUUCUAUAAAAAACUACCAAUUGGUGAUAGAUUGAUGUAUUGCAGUAUCGAAAAAGUUAAGUCUUAAAUAGUAUUGGUAAUUAAAAUUAGUCAGAGGUGUUGUCACUACUACAAACUAGUAAUGAAUGAACGGAGCAAUACUUUGCCAGUGUCAUAGAAAGCGGGUAUUUCAAGCUCCAAUUUUGUUUUGAUUUGAUUGGCUGGACUACCAAUAGGUCUCUGGAAGCUAUUGGUAGUUUACUAAAAAUAGCUCCCUAGAACUAGAAGCUAUUUAUUGGUAGUUAUCUACCGGGUACCAUUAGACACUUUCUAUCCAUAUCACUAGUCUACAACAGAAGUUUAGAAUUUAACUACCAUUUUGUAAAGUAGGCCUAAUUGAUGAUAAUUUUUGAGCAGGUGCAAACAGAAUUUCAUCCAGUUAGUGAAUCCCAGUUUCUUUUCAACAUCCCUGAAGCUGAUAACAUCAAUCAUGUUGUUAUAUUUAUGACUGGGCAGACGCCAUUUCCAGAUGGAUUAGGUGCUGCAGGUAUAGAGAUAAAUUAUUUACUCCAUUUUUAAACUGAUCAAGAAAAGCAGUCUAUUAAUUUCAUUAAAAAAUGGCCUAUACUCUAUACUUAUUGUCUAUACUACCAUUUAGUAGAUGCUUUAGACAUCAUUGCACCUAUUUAACAAUAAAAAUUUUAAACCAACUACAGUGGAACCCCGCUAUAACGCUCCCCGCCUUAGCGCGAAUUCGGAUAUAACGCGGUCGUAGCAUGGCUCCCGAAAUUUGAAAUUCAUUUACUCCAUCAGGCCUAAGUUCUUUGAAAAUUUUAUCCAUUGCUUGGAAAGCCAUUUUUUAAAGCGAAAAAAUCACAACUUUUCAAAAUAUCGUAGCAAAAAAAUUAUUGAAUAUUUAAAAUCUGUACGAUUUUCAAUGAAAUUACAUCCAUUGAACUGCAUGCCACGACGGCAUGGUAGCAUACGGUUUUGAUACACUUUUCAUGAUAUAGUGAUAGUCUGGUAUUAUCGGUCAAUCUGUAUUAUCGUUCAAACAAAUAAAAAUUGGUAAAUGUUUUUAAUGCACAGUAAUAACCUAUAAAUAUAUUAGCCAUAGAUUAUUUUGAAUAUAUCUUAAUUAAUGCAUUCCAUUUAAUAUUCAUCUGAUGAUAAGCCGACUUUUGAUCAUUGUACAUUUAUACACGUAUAUGUUCUCGGAAAAAAGUUAAAUAUUGUAAAACCGCGCAUUAACGCAACCCCACUUUUAACGUGAUUCGAUUUUAAGGACCCCGAUCAUCGCGUUAUAGGGGGGUUCCACUGUACAAGCAAAUAAUAAUAUAAAAAAAAUAAUUAAACAAAAUAGAACUGGUACUGUAUCUGUGGAUCCUGCAUAUCCUCUUCUUUGUUGUUUAAAAUAUUCAGAUGCAGUUUUCAGGUAAUAGAGAUAUCGCAGUUUCUAUAUUUAGAAUUUGCAGUUGAGUAUGAUGGACAGAAAAUAUUAUUAGUACCGGGUAUUAGGUUCUUAAAUUAGUUUUAAAAAUGUUAGUUAAUACUUUUCCUCACUGCAUAUUUUCUGUUUUUAAAAAAAAAAAUUAAUGAGAGUGUGAUUUCUAAAAUAAAAUUUUAGUCAUAACAAAAACUAUUGAAAACAGGUUUCUGUCUAAAGAGCUCAUCAGGAAAGGAAAUAAUUUAAAAUAAGACUGAAAUUUAGCAAUAAGGACAGCAUCAUGUUAACAUUCUUUGACUGUAAUAUUUCUUGCAAAUUCUUACUUGUUUUUUUUUUGGAAAUUUUCCUAUAUAUGGUCCAUAACCAGAAUUUUUGUAGCAAAGUAAAGUAAAAAUUAGCAACCUGAACAUACAGAAGAAAAACAUUAAAUUAGAAAAUUUCAUGAAAAAUAAAUUGUCACCAAAACUAAUAUCUUGCUCAUCCUCAGUAUAUUUCUCCUGGCCACGCCCAGAGGGACCAGUGUGGACUCUUCUUGGCCAUAUUUCCAACCAGAAACCGAGUGCCAUCUACAAAAUAUCUUCCUUAAAAACACGUAGGUUUGAAUUUGAGAUCAAUACCCUAAAUAUAAAUAACAAGCCUUGAUGAGGCUGAAUAUAAAUAAUCUGGCCAUGUGAACCAGUUUUAACAUUUUAACAAAAAUAUCAGUUAUUUUCCAUUAUUCAACUUUAUAUUUUCAAUGAGGUCAUAAGUGGAAACGUACAAUUUUAGUGAACAUUAUCUUGGUGAAAGGCUUGGGAAACAUGGCAGAUAUUUGAGUGUUUAAAGUGAGAAGUAGCAGUCUUAUGAGAGAAUUAAAAUAUGAUAUAUCGGUACAUUUGUGAAACAUUUGAUUUUAAACUAUAUAAAAAGAAAAGAAACAUUCAAGAAUUUUAGUAAAAUUUAUCAUACUUUCUCCUGGCAAUAUUAAUCUGUCAUUCUUGUUGUUAAUCUCUUGUUUUGUUGUUGCCAUUUAGCUGACAAUGAUGACAAUCAGAUUCAUUUUGGAGAUAUGUCCCACCAGCAGUCCCAUUUAGCUCAGAUUGGAAUAUCUGUUGAACCACUGGACCAACUAGCCCAACAAGUGCCUGCGUCUCAAGUCACUGCCUCAGGAUCUGUACCCACUUUUCUGGAGUUUGCCACAAAAAUGUUGGAAAAUUUCUUCAACUUCUCUUCCUCCUUUGCUGUCACACAGAGUCAGAUGGUGCCAAACCCUAGUGAAACAUUUGUGCCACUGAGCACAUUGAAAAAUUGGUUUGAAAACUUUCAGAGGCGUUUGCAACAGAACCCUUUCUUUUGGAAGUCUUAAUAAUAUAUUGUUUCAUUCCUUUUUCAUUGAUUGUUCAAAAUUUGACACUAUGGAGAAGAUUAAACCCCUUUGAUCCCAAGUGUCAAAAUUUGCUGUAUUGUACUUUGCAAAAGUAUGUAACUGUUACUUCCCAUUCACCUGUGUGAAAGCACACUAUAUCCUCUGUCUAAAAUGGAAAUGAAUGGCUUGAUUGGCUUCAGCAUUGAAAAUUAUCUCAACCUUAUUGUUGCUCUUGAACACUGUAACUAUAACAUCAUCAUUUAGUACAAAAACAUGUUCACAUUCUUUAUUUGACAUUAUUGAAUUUAAUUUUUAAAACUUUAAUGAAUAUGAUAAUUCCUUCUAUUACGGGUCAAAAUAAUUUUUUAAGAUAUAGAAUCAGACUUGAAUGGUGAGCAAUGUACUUACAAUAGGCGUACUAAAGAAAUAAAAAUAAAUGUUUUCUGUUAAAAGAGAAUGGAAAAGCUAAGAUGAGUGAGACAUUUUUUUAAAUUUCAAUUUUGUUUUUCAAACACUAAAACUUUCUUUAAUUGUGAUACCUAACCAGCCAAGUAUGUAGAUAGAGAAAUGCUUUUAAAUAUACUUGAUGAUGAACCACUCAUAAGGACUCCAGUCAGAACUAAAACUAUAUACAAAUCUAGAUAACAAGUGUGUCCAGUUGGUUCAUUCACAGUUAAAUAUAAAUGUUUGAACAUUUUUUUUGGCUCAUACACAGUACCGGUACAAAGGAUUUUAUUCCUCUUAAUUUGUGUACAAUAAGUUGUCCUGAAUCUGGGUCUUGUCCUUCGUUGACCUUUAUUGGCAUCAAAUGAUACUGUAUUCAUUGCUCCAAUUUACUAGCCAUGCAUUCAGUAUGUAAUAUUUAAAAAAAAAAACAUUAUACGGUACAGCCAGUCAUAGGAUAUAAUAUAAUCCUACUGAAUCCUACAAAUUUCAAUUAUUUUGACAUAUACUUUAAUGAGCAAAGCUAAAAGAGGUGAACAAAAUUUUUAAUCAAAAGAACAUUCAGCAUCAAAGGGGUUUAAAAAACUUGUUCAUACUUUGCUGUCUUAGUGCAGGCUUUUCCAACUCAAAAUCAUUAUUUUUCAUUUAAUGUCCAAUAAAAGCACUUCAUGAGAUUUAAUAUUUAAAAUUACAGAAGUAUUCAUUCAUUUAUUCAAAUUUAUUGAAUUGUAAUUUUACCAUUAUGAAACUUAUUUCUUGUGCAGAUUAAGCCACUUGUUUAUAUAUGGUAUUCUUGUUUUAAAUGUUUUAUCUUACAAUUUGAAUGUUUGGUAUGAAACAGGUUCAAGUUGAAGGUUAUAAAAAAGAGUGCAUGAAAAUGUGUAUGCAUAAUUAAAGGAUGACAAUUUUUUUCCGUUGCAUUUAAGAACUGUUAAAUAAGAUACAGUAGUUAAAGUUAAAUAUAUAGAUGUAGAAGAAUGGUUGAUACUUAAGCAAAAUAAAUUCUUGAAUUGUCUUAUUAAAUGUUUAUCUAAUGCUAAGAUCUUUUAAUGAAUCUUUUUGAUUGAUAAUUGUUUGUAUCCAUGUUUUUGAUUAACUAUAGAUUUUAAUUGACAUGCGAAGUACAUUUUGUUUAGUAAACUUUUUCGAAACAAUCAUAAAGAUUGUUCCUUUUUACAAAUUAAGUGUAUUUUAUGUUUGUUACAAAGUCCAAGCUUAAAAUAUCAAUAUGGUACAUUAUUAAUUAAAUUGCUUCUGAUUAAAUUUCAUAUCCUAUUCCCAACCUUUUCCAUACUCACCAUCCCCUACAAAUUAUUUGAG